GACCUGGGCUGCAUCUCCACCACUCUCCCCAAAGCCAUGGCCAAUGCCCUCUGGCACACCAGGGCCAUCUCCUAUGCAGGAUGUGCUGCACAGGUCUUUCUGUUUGCCUUUCUGCUAUCAGCAGAAUAUUCCCUUCUCACCAUCAUGUCCUAUGACCGCUAUGUUGCCAUCUGCAAGCCCCUGCACUACGGGACCCUGCUGGGCAACAGAGCUUGUGUCACCAUGGCAGCAGCUGCCUGGGGCACGGGGGUCCUUACUUCCGUGCUGCACACUGCCAAUACAUUUUCCCUGCCUCUCUGCCAAGGCAAUGCUGUGGAUCAGUUCUUCUGUGAAAUCCCUCAGAUCCUGAAGCUCUCCUGCUCACAGUCCUAUCUCAGGGAAGUUGGGCUUAUUGUCUUUAGUGUCCUUGUCUUAUUUGGGUGCUUUGUCUUCAUUCUCUUUUCCUAUGUGCAGAUCUUCAGGGCCAUGCUGAGGAUGCCCUCUGAGCAGGGACGGCACAAAGCCUUCUCCACAUGCCUCCCUCACCUGGCCGUGCUCUCCCUGUUUCUCAGCACUGUCGUUUUUGCCGACCUGAAGCCCUUCUCCAUCUCCUCCCCAUCCCUGGACCUGCUGGUGUCAUUUCUGUACUCGGUGGUUCCUCCA